UGACUUCUUCAUUUCAAACACGAUAAUUAUACGAGCAAUUUUAGGAGGAGCUACAACAGUAUUAAGUUAAGUCCUUUAGUUUGGUCAUUUUGAUGCUAAAGCUAAACACACCAUAAAUCUAAAAGCUACUGAACACAUUUUUUACACUGGAAAUUGGUCAGUCAAGUUAUCGUAUGGGUCUUCAAGGUUUCUGCUGACACAGCACAUACGUAUACAUGCAUACUGUGCAAGUCUUGAUUAAAAUCAGAUCCACUAGCUAAACAAACACGUACCACAUUCCAUAGAGCUACAUCUUUUCCUUAAAGCAACUCUUGACAGAGUCCACAAAUGUUAUAGUUUAGAGCAGCACACCCCCAUUGCCACACCCCCUUGUCCAGUUCCAUGUUCUCGUACUGUCCAGUGUCACCUGUUGGAGAUCAUCACAUAAGCCAAGGAUCCAUCAUUUCAUGUUGCCCAGAUCCCUCACACACGUACACACAGGUUGAGGAAGCGUAUCGAUAGUUGUUUGCAGAAGAUCUGUUAGUGUGUGAUAAUUAUAAUAUAAUUAUGCCAUCAAUGAAACUCACAAGCAAUUAAUGUGUCUCUACAGUAUCAAUGUCUAGUCUGUGUAUCUACAGUACACAGUGGUGUCUGUACUCAUUGAUAAUAUUCCAGCAUCUUCAUUCUCAUCACAGCUAGGAGGGACGGUCGGGCUCCGCCCAACUAGAGGAGAUCCUUUUGCAGCUAGCUACAAGACACACCCUUUUCUUUGUCACAUGCAAUUAACAUUGCUGAUUCAGCAAACAUGCACAUUUUUAGAGACAGAACAUGACAGGAGUUGAAGCAUAAUUAAUAGCAAGAGUCUAUCAUAAACUCUUGUUAAUAGUCUAUGAUGGAACAAGCUAGUGCAGUGGCCAAACAUUUCACUGUCUGGAUUUGUAGGAAGCUUUGUCCAGUCCUAUUGUGGGCCACAGUGACAUAGCCAGGACCAUGGAGAGAGACCAUGUACAGUCUACUGGUGCAAGCACUGAGGAAGCCAACGUCGUAUAGUUGAGGAGACAAGAAGAGGCACUGAGAAUGGAGGCCUACUAUGCUGCUAAGAGAGGGGCCUCGCGUAAACUGGCCACUCAGACGCUAACAGACCCCAGCAGUAUGGAAAAUGGUCUGUCAUCAGAGACUAAAAACUCCCCUGACACCCAGCCCUUACAUGCAGCCCACCUCCAGUCUGGUGAGCAGCCUAUAAGCAGUGAGGGACAGUCUGAAGACAUGGGUCCAUGGACAGGGGCUACUGAGGAACCUUCAUCAAGAACAAGAACACUGACUCAGGACGAGGAGGACUUUGACAAGUUCCUGGAGAGUGUCAAAGCUCAGCAGCUCUCACUCUCCACAAAAGUUCCCAAGCCCCACCCCUCAGCACUGUCUGACUCGGAAGAGGAGAUAGACUUUGGAUUCUGGGAGAAGGCGUCCACUCUACCCUCGGACAAGACCCCAACCAAGGACCUGAACUUGUUAUGAGACUGUCACGUACACAUUUUGUCUGUUUUUGUGGUCUAUUCUGACAAUGUAAUUAUAUAUACCGUA